CUGACGUCACCGAGUCUUUUGACAGCACUUCCUGGAGUGGCGUUUGUUGUGGGAAACCGAGCUGCUGGAGGGAGGCGGCGGAGGCGGCGAGGGGGAUUUAGGCCACGUAAACGACAAGAACGACGGCACGAACUCCCCACCUCGAAGCAUGUGGUCGCGGCUGCAGCCGCCGCCUUCUCUGACCGGUAUCAGAUGAGCCGGAGGAGUGACGGUUCCGACUGAGGAAGAAGGACGAGUUAAAAAAAACAAACAACAAUUCACAGACAGACCUGAGAGCCUCCGACACGGAGCUGUCGCGAUGCUGUGACCAAACCAUGGACAGCCGGAUAAAGGAGAACCCAGAAAGAACAUUUGAUCUGGUGCUGCAAGUGUCCUGUCCAACAUCUGAACAUGAGGAUCCAACCGUGCUGUGGAGCUUCCCCCAGGACCACACAGACCAGGAGGUCCUUAAGACAAUACCAAAGUUCUGCUUUCCCUUCGACGUGGAAAGGGUUUCUCAAAGUCAGGUGGGGCAGAAUUUCACCUUUGUGCUCACAGACAUCGACAGCAAACAGAGAUUUGGUUUUUGUCGACUCACCCAAGGCUGCCGGGUCUGCAUAUGUCUCCUCAGUUAUCUACCCUGGUUUGAAAUCUACUACAAGCUGCUGAACACACUGGCUGACUACCUAACAAAACAACAGGAAAAUGACUUGAACGACAUGCUGAAUUCUCUCUAUGAGCUGCCUGUGCCAAAGCCUUUCACGCCAGUCAGCCUGAGUGUGCACUCCUACUUCAUUGCCCCGGAUAUCAAUGGACUGCCAACCAUCCCUGAGAGUAGGAACCUGACUGAGUACUUCGUGGCUGUGGACACCAACAACAUGCUCCAACUCUACGCCAGUAUGCUUCACGAACGACGCAUCAUCAUUACCUCAAGCAAGCUUAGCACUUUAACUGCGUGUGUCCACGGUGCGGCCGCUUUGCUCUUCCCGAUGUACUGGCAGCACAUCUUCAUCCCUGUGCUGCCCCCGCAUCUUCUGGACUACUGCUGCGCCCCGAUGCCAUACUUUGUGGGAGUUCAUCUCAGUCUGCUGGAGCGAGUGCGCAGUAGAUCACUGGAGGAUGUGGUCAUUCUGAAUGUGGACACAAACACCCAAGAGACUCCCUUUGAUGACCUGCACAACCUCCCCAGCGAUGUGGUGUCUUCUCUGAAGAGCAAGCUGAAGAAGCAGUCGACGGCGACGGGAAGCGGCGUGGCGAGGGCCUUCCUCAGAGCGCAGGCGGCUCUGUUUGGAUCCUACAGAGACGCUCUGAGAUAUAAACCUGGAGAACCAAUCACGUUCUGUGAAGAAAGUUUUGUGAACCAUCGCUCAAGCACCACGAAGAACUUCCUGUCCAUGGCCGUCAACCUGCAGCUCUUUAAACAGUUCAUCGAUGGACGGCUGGCCAAAUUGAACGCAGGCCGCGGCUUCACCGACGUGUUUGAAAAAGAGAUCACAGACGGGGGCUUCUGUAGAAGUAAUUCAAGGUCGUACCAGCAGUGGCUGAAGAUAGGAGGAGCUCUGUUCAAGACGUCUGUGUCAAAGGCCAAGGUUCAUGCCAAGAGGGGCAUCCGGGACAUUAAGGGCAGACUCAAAGCUAGGGAAGAAGAAGAGAACGGGCCGUCAGUCUGCGCUGGGUCUCCUACCAGCACCAAGAGCCUGUCUCCAAGGAGACUGCAGAAGAUGAGACGGCAGAACUUCAACAAGUCUCCCAUGAGUGUGGGCCCUCGAGAUCUUGGUUACGGACUCGACGAUGACGAGGACACUGUGAGCAAGAUCUCCUCUGAGGACAGCGGGGACGUUCGCUCGUACACUGAGGACAGCGACGACUCCGACACUUUGGGGCUGGAAAUGGACUCGUCGACCUCAGUCCAGAUGAACCUGCUGGAGGAAAUCCUGGAUUCUCUGACCACCACGUCCAUGGAGGAAGGAAGGCUCAGCACCGCUAAGAGCCUGGACUUCUUCAGGUCCAUGGAUGAUUUGGACUACAAAGCUCCGAAGACAAAGACCCCCUCAUGUGGUGAGUCCACUCCUGCGGUGGAGAGCAGCUGUGGUCCAGGAGGGGAUCACGGUGGGUGGAACAUGGGUCAGGAUGACAGCGCCGUCCAUGGAAAACACCUCCCCCCCUCCCCACGAAGACAACCCUCCAAGAGCAGCUUGAAAAUGUCUAAAAGACCUCCAGCUUCUCCUGCGCCGCCACCCAGCACAGCUGCACCCCCUGCCCAGAGCAGUGACGUCUCCAGGUCAAACCUGGACCUUCAUCCUCCAGAACAACAUCCAGGAGGUAACCACGUCUCCAACUCCCCCUCACUGUCCCGUAGAGUCACACACACCUCCCCAUCUCCCACACAGCCACACACCUUCAGCUCCCCAGCUGCUGUAUCCCACCCAGACUCUUCCUCAGCGUUGAGGGGUCACCUGCGGACCAUCUCGGAUCCUCAGAGUAACUCAGAACUCUCUGAAGUCCAGAACCAGACCAGCAUCCAGAGGAGGAGGGUGAUGUCCAAAGACAAGGUGAGGAGCUACCACGAGAGGACCUACCAGAGGCAGGGCUGCAGGGGUCAACCAGAGGGGCCGGGGAGCGUGACGAACAUGGCAUCCAUGCAGGUCCCGUGGCAGAAAGAGGUGUCCAAGGAGGAGCUCCUGGGGCUUGGCCUCUGUUUGGGUCAGGGGGAAGACUCUGUGUCCGCCACGGGGCAGGGUCUGGACCUCCUUGAGGAGAUUGACUCAAUUUUUUGCUUCACUUCGGGCCUCGACAGCUCCCCGUCGCUCCCACAGGUCCACUGCACCAGUAACAGUCACCACCAGGUCCAGGGAAAAGCCGCGGACAAGUAACGAGAAAGAUUUCUGUCCAGCGGUUCCGGUUCUGGCAGCUGUCUCGGUGAUCCGCUCCGAUUGUCUGAGGACUCCGCUCUUAGGGAAAAGUCUGACUUAAACUGAUAAAAAGCCUAAAUAAACAAAAAGCCACAGAACGAAAAGCAGGAAGAUGCACCGCAGGAUUCUUCUUCAGCCGUGUUUGUUACAGGAAUUAAAAAGGUAAUUUGUUUCUUUAAAACCAGUUCUGUCACUAAAAGGUUAAAACUUAUACCGCUGUAAAACUGUGAUAAAUUAGAUCUAUGAGAAAGUAAAAAAAAAAAAAAUCUCCUUACAGUGGAAACUCUGCUGAAGUGUCAAACUGAGGUCAUAUUUUUUACAAAGCUACAAUUCUAUAAAUAAAAUUACAAGACAAACCUUUUAAGAUAAGAUAAGAUAAGAUAGAGCUUUAUUGAUCCUGCAGAAAAUUGUUGGAUUGUUUGGAGUAGAUGGAGACUUUUCUCUGAACUUUCAUUUCACUCAAGUUCUAAUUUGUACAUUUAUAAUCUGAGCGCUUCAGUUUAAAGUAACUCAGAGCCAGUUUAUUGUAAAACAAAAAAAAAAGAAA